GGUGCCCCUGCUCAAAUAGCAAAUGGCAUCUCGUGACGGAAGACGAAUGAAGGACGGGUUUGUACCUACCUGAUUCGUCUUCCGUCAUGCAACUUACCCUCCAUCCCCCAACGCUAUUCGCGUGACAACGAAGAUAAUGUCAACCCUUUUUCGAUGCUUUUGUCAUGACUAAACUUAGAAAAUGUUCAAAACUGUCAUCUAACCCCAGUUUCCGACUUCUACGGGUUAUUUUUUUUAUUAUGUUUUGCUCUCCACGCAAAUGUACUGUGCGUAGGAGGCUUUUGAUUCCAUAACCGGUCGAGAUUUUUCUGACACCCACUCGCUCCAGUCCCCACGGUUGCGCAACAAGCGGUGAAAGAAGAAGUGUUGUGAACUCUUGAGCCUGCUUACGAAACAUCCUUGAAGUUCUUGUUGCGCUUCCUAAGGAGGGUCUCCGUUUAUCACAUAUUCUGUGGUAAUUGUCUCCUACCAAACUACAUUACAAAUAGCAUUUGCACUAAAUCUGACGCCGCAUUCCGGAGCAUUCCGUUGACGUUCGCUAGAGGCGUGUAUCCGGUGUUGGUCAGGGCUUGUCUGUGACACAGAUCAAGUGGUGCUGUAGAAAUGGAUGAAGACAGCAGUGACCAGCAAGCAAGUGCAGAAGUGACGCCAGCAAGCAGUGAAAAUGACCUGCUUGCUAAUAAAUCAGAAGACAGUGUGGAUGAUGAUGACGAUGAAGAUGAUGAUGAUAUUGAUAAAAUGCUGAAUGAGUUACAGAGUUUCCAGGAGGAGCUGGAACAAAAAUCCCAACAGUCAACAGAAGAUGAACAAAGCCCAGGGGUGUUAUCCUUUGUGCCACCAUCACAACCUUUGGAUCAGUUCAGAUUUUCCAUAAGUGCUAUUGAAGGUAGGUUUCAAAAAUAUUAAAAUCCAGUAGUAGCUUACAUGUAGGAAUGCCAACUACAUGUACAUGACUGUAUAAAUAUUUUAGAAUGGUUGUACCUGUGACUCACUGUCAACAAACAUGUUGUGAGAAAGGUGAAAGCUUUUGAUUAAUGACACACAGUUUUCCAAAAUCAACUACUUGAGGCCAUCAAUGAUGUUUAAUUUUAAUGUGUACAUAAUUAAGUUGUUGAAAGUGAAAUAAUUUCCCAUUGUUCUAGCUGAUAGAAUUAAACGAGUCAGACUUGUUCUAAUACACUUGUUACAAUCAUAUUCAGUAGAGACUGAAUUUCCUGGAUCAAAUUGCUGUCCUGCAAAUUUACUACCACAUUUACAUGUACCUUGACACAUACCAAACAGGCUGUGCGUGCCAACCCAAUGAACAGAUAAUUUUUAUUUAGUAAGAUACAUGAACAGUUGAACGUUUUAGUUCACUAAAUGUCUUGCGAGCCAGAUACCCUCACUAUUAUGCAUGUGUAGUCAUUAUAGUUUACUAAGUUCUGGGCAACUGCAUGAGAGUAGUACGAAUAGGAGAAUUAAUGUGCGGCCAGCACUUUUCUCAGUUCUAUAACAUGAAGUAAUUAGUAGUAAAUUAUUCAGUAUUUCUCCUUACACCUUGGAGGGAAUAUUAAAAUAGCAACACCCACAUUGUGAACUUGGUCACAAGCAAAGUUGUCAGUUCAAUUUUUGUGUUUUUGAUAAUAAUUUCCAAUGUUUGGAUGUAGGUCUUUCUAAUCCUAAUCCUAAUCCAGAAGUGUAAUCUAGUUAGUUAGUGGCUCUCUUCAACAAAGAUCAGAUUACAUGACAUAGAGAAAGUUCUGGAAAUCUCUUGAAAUGUUUUCAGGUUAUUAAAUUCAUCUAGUACACAGAGCUGCUCAAAACUAAAUAAAUGCAAUUUUGUAGACUGAGCUAAAUACAAGGGACAAGAAAUAUUUCUUAUUUAUUUUUGUGAUCAAUUAUCAUACAACCAGACUAAUUUUCCUAACCCUUCGAUAUGAUUCCUUUCAGUGUAGUCUGGCUAUUUAAUUACUGUCAAGAUGAUUCUUUGAGAUAACUGAUAAAAUUAGUUUACACCUUAAAUUGUUGAAUUCCCUAAUUUUGUAAACACAAGCACAUGCACAUGUAGGAGGGCACUCAUUAAGUUUGCUGGUUGUGUUUUUUCAAGCUGAUAAGGAUGUCUUAUCUCCAGUGUAAGUUGACAAGAUUUUUAACAUACUUCCCUAGGAUCAGUUUGUUUUUGACCACCCUGAUGCAAGGCAACAAGGCAAAUCAACUCUGUCAAAUCCUCUGCUAACUUGCAAAGUUUUUUAAUUAUUUUAAAUUAAUU